AUGAUUCUUUAUCUUUCUAUUUUAAUUUGGAUAUUCAACUAUUUUUCUAGUAUUAGAAAAAACAAUUUAAAAAUAAUGCCUAUGAUUAAAAAUGGAAGAACACUAAUGGAAAGACAGUUAGGUCCAGAAAUUUCAAAAACUAUAAUUUUUAGGGAUGUUCAAAAACACCUACCUAGAUGGUUAAAUUAUAUUGAAAGAGAAUUAUUUAAUCAAAUAGAUAAAUUGCAUGAAAAUUUUACAGCCGAUGGUAUAAGAAAUUUCAUUGAUUGGAUGCAUAAUAAAAGUUUGCACAUUACAGCAAUAUUAAAUAGAUCUCCUGAUCCUUCAGAUAAGCAGUUUUUAAGAAAAACUUUGGAAUCAUGGGAGAAGCUCACAUCAUCUAUUCUAGAAUCUUCAAUAGAAGCAUACAUUGAUAAAUACAUGUUACAUAAUAAUGGUAGUGAAGGGGCUUUGCCAAAUACAUCUUUUACAUCAUCAGAUAAUUCAUCUAGAGUCACUACACUACCGACAACUCUUUUACCUACCAAUUCUUCAAUUCCCUUAACUACUUCCUCUCAUAAUCAAGAAGCCACUUCUUCUGCAACUCCUGUAAGUUCAACAGAACACUAUACUUAUAAUAACGGAACUAAUUCAACGAUUUCCAUUGAACAAAAUGUCACCGCUUCACCUGAAAUUUCACUUGAAACAGUAACUACACCGACAAGUAAUGUGCUUCCAUCGUUACCUUCAGAAUCUGGUGGUAUGUCUAGUGCUGUGUGCACUGGAUUUUUAUGUGGUCCAACAAUUGCCGCUUUUUCAGUUCCUCUUGUUCUUCUUGGAUGUGUACUAUGUUUUGUUCUCCUUUACAAGCAUACUCCUCUUGGAUCAUUACUUGGAAGAGAUAAUAAAAAGAAAGAAAAAGGAAAAAAACGAUUACGUGAAAUGGCAAAGCAUAAUAUAGAAAAUUCUCCAGAAACCUUGGAAGAAACAAAAGCAAAGAGAAGUAGAUUAGAUAAAUUUCUUCGAGCAUUUGGUUAUGAUAAAAACUUUCCUUAUAUAGAUGAAGAAACAGGUAAGGAAAACAUAUAA